AUGUCUUGGGACAGCAUUAUGACUUCUUCUAAUAAGACUGCCAGCCCCCCAAUUUUCCUCCUGACAGGCUUUCCUGGGCUAGAAAAACACCAUUUCUGGAUUUCCCUCCCCAUCUGCUCCAUGUACUUGGUGGCCCUCACAGGGAACUGCACCAUCCUCUUCGUCAUCAGGACGGACCAAAGCUUCCAAGAGCCCAUGUACUAUUUCCUGUCCAUGCUGGCCCUCUCGGACCUGGGCUUGUCCUUCGCCACUUUGCCCACCAUGCUGAGUGUCCUGUGGUUCAACCACCGUCAGAUCCACUUUGAUGCCUGCUUGGUCCAGAUGUAUUUCAUCCACACUUUCUCCAUUCUUGAGUCGGGUAUUCUAAUCUCUAUGGCCUUUGAUCGCUUGGUGGCCAUCUGGAACCCUCUGAGAUACACCAGUGUCUUGACCCAUGAGGCGGUCAUCAAGAUUGGGGCGGGGGUAGCCCUUCGAGCUGCCUUCCUUGUCUUCCCAGCCUCCUUCCUCCUGAAGCGCCUGGAGUACGGGAGGGUCAACGUCCUCUCCUAUUCCUUCUGUUUGCACCAGGACAUUCUGAAGGUGACCCUCUCAGACCGAAGGAUCAGCAGCGUCUACGGCUUGAUGGUGGUGGUGUCUUCUAUGGUUCUGGACUCUACGUUGCUUGUGUUGUCAUACGUUAUGAUCCUCAAAACCGUGUUAAGCAAAGCCUCUAAGGCAGAACGUCUCCGAGCCUUGAAUACCUGCAUCUCCCAUAUCUGUGCUGUCCUGACCUUCUAUACGCCAAUGAUUGGGCUCUCCAUGAUCCAUCGUUAUGGGAAAAAUGCUCCUCCGGUGGUUCACAUCCUCAUGGCCAAUGUCUACCUUUUAGUGCCGCCCCUUAUGAACCCCAUUGUCUACAGUAUAAAAACCAAACCGAUCCGCACGAAGAUCGUUAAGGGUCUCCUGGGAAGGAAAGAGUCUGCCCCAUCUCUUGUCGCCACCCCCUUGGGCAGAGGUACACUUUCUCUAGAGCCACGCGGGAACAAAUCGGUUUCAACAAUCUUCGUCCUGACUGGAAUUCCUGGGAUGGAGGAGAACGUUUGGAUGGCCUUCUUCCUGUUUGUGCUCUCUGUCUCCACGCUGCUUGGAAACAGCCUCAUUCUCGUUGUCAUCAAGAGCGACCGAAGCCUUCACGAACCCAUGUACAUCUUUCUUUCCAUCCUGGCCUGCUCAGAUCUGGGACUCUCCCUGUCCACCUUCCCAACCAUGCUGAGCGUUUACUGGUUUGACUCCAAGGACAUCACAUUUAAUGCUUGCAUCACCCAAAUGUUCUUCAUCCACGCCUUUCACUGGCUGGAGUCUGGCAUUCUGGUGGCCAUGGCCUUUGACCGCCUGGUUGCAAUCCGCGAGCCACUGAGAUACCGAAAUCUCUUCCCAAACACCGUUGUGGCAAAAAUAGGAGUAGCCGCUGCAGUUCGAUGUAUCUCUGUCUCCUUCCCGGUUCCCUUUCUGAUUAGGCGUCUACAUUUCUGCAAAUCCAGGAGACUUUCUCACACCUACUGUCUCCAUCCUGACGUAAUGAAGCUGGCCUGUGCAGACAUUAAGGUCAAUAUCUUGUAUGGUUUGAUUGUCAUCAUUUUUACGUUGGGGUUGGAUGUGGUCAUCAUCCUCGCCUCGUACGUUGUGAUUUUGAAGACGGUUCUAGGCAUGGCAUCCCGCCAAGGACGUCUCAAGGCUCUGAACACUUGUGUCUCCCACGUUUGUGUCAUCCUCAUUUUUUACAUCCCCAUGAUCUGCGUCAGUCUGCUCCACCGGUACGGGAAGCACCAGCACUCCAUGGUCCACCUGCUGAUGGCCAACAUCUACAUUGUGGUCCCACCUCUCCUUAAUCCCAUCGUCUACAGCCUGAAGACCCAGCAGAUUCGGAAGAGAAUGUACAACAUUUUUGCAAGGAAGAAAAGCAGGAUUUUACAAUAG